AUGUCAAAAAGACCUCAAAUUCAUAUUUUUGUGGGAGCACCCAGGAUUCCAAGCCCACUGGAGGUGUCAGAGCAAAGUAGUUCAGCACCUGCUGCUGAAAAAUGGGAGGAACUCCACUAUUGGUGCGAUACCCGUAGUCCUUCCUCUGAAAGAGCGCAAGGUGCUGGCCACUUGGACUUGGUGUUUCAGGCAGGAAGUUCUACAGUCACAGCUACAAGUGGUGACAGCUCUCAGCAGCAGCUGGAGCGGGGGACAUUAAUGGUGGCAAAGGAAUAUUUGACGUCUCUGGUACCUGUGGCAGUAACUUGUACCUGCACAGCUAAAAAGGCUGAAAGUUUAAUUUAUUCUGAUUGUCGAACUUGUGAAGAUAGGUGCACACAUGAAAAUGGAAAUCAGGCUGCAGAUCAAUGCCUUCUACAAAAAUGUGAAGAUUCAGCUAGAGAAGAUAAACAAGCACGUAGCUGUUGUUCAGGUGCCACAGACAGAGAAGCCAGCUGUUUAGAAGUUAACGGCUCUGACAUUUCCAACUUGGUUGCCAGUACUAAGCAGAUUAGCAUACAUAUAAAAUCUGUGGGACAAGAUGUUCAGUCGGAUCGUACAAGUGAUCACCAUGAACAUCUAAGUCAAUAUUUGGAUAUAUUUUUCCCCCAAAAUCAAGAAUCAAAACCAAAAGGAGAACCAAGUGGCUCUUUAGGCUUUGCAGUGUCAGCAGACACUGAAUUUCGUAGUAUAAUGACUUCCAGUCAGAUGGCUGUUCUGGCACAGGAGAGGAAUGAGGUACAGAAAAGAAUCAUAGAACUGCUGGAAACAGAAGCAGACAAAAAAAACGAAGAAAGGCAAUGUAAUCACUUUCAAUUUGAUUCUGGUAUUGGAACAUGUCUUAAUGUGGCUACAAAUGAGGAUAAGGAAGAGUAUACAAGUUCCCUUGACCUUUUCAGCUCUGAGGGUGAUGGGGCAAAUGUUUGCUUUGAAGCUGCAAAACAAGAAGGGAGUGCUCAGGAAAAUGAAGAGAAGUCUAAAGAACUUAAUGUUUCUGCUGAGCAAUUUGUAAAUGAAAUCCGUAUUGAACCACUGAGCUCAGGAAUAUUGUGCUCUCAAGUAGACAGUUGUCAUAAGAACUCUUCUAAAAGAGCCCGCAAGUGCGAAGAUUCCUUCCAUAUUUUUCACUCGGUGUUUAAAGGAGAGCGGAAAUCAAAGAGAGCGAAACUGAAUUCUUCUGCAGCUGGUUCUGGGAUGAGCGUGGAUCAAGGGAGGAUGGCAGAGCCCAAGAAACUUCAGAAGAAACUAUCACUGCUUAAGAAUUGCUGCUGCAAAAAUCAAAAGUACAAUGUUUUGGUCACAAUAGUACAUCCUUGUCAUAUCAAAGAAAUACAGGUGAAGGCUAGACCAAAAUCUUCCUGUAAAGUUCCUGUAGCAACAAUUGUGGUUAUAGACCAGUCAGAAAUUGAGAGAAAGGUGGUGCUGUGGCGUGGUGCUGCGUUUUGGUCACUCACUGUGUUUCCUGGGGAUAUUGUCCUGCUUACAGAUAUAAUAAUGUAUGAGAAUCUUUGGUGUGGAGAAAUCAUGCUGCAGUCUACAUUUACCAGUCAGUUACUGAAUCUGGGGAACUGCUUGGCUCUCAAUCCAGAAGAAUUUUAUCCUGUAGUAGACAGUGAUGUUCUUCAUGGCUUAUUGGCAUACAUAUCAUCAGAAUUUCCACACUUCGGAGACAUUCCACGAAGACAGGUUCAGAGACUGGACAGCGUUCAGUACACGCAGCUAGAUCAGCUCCAGCCAAAUACACUGGUUCAUGCAAUCUUGAAGAUUCUCAGCAUUGCUGUAUUAACAGAAUCUGUGUAUAGCUACAGAGGUGGCAGCCAAAGAAAAAUUGUUCUAACAGUAGAACAGAGCGGAGAUCAACACUAUAGGAUGGUGCUGUGGGGAGCAGGGGCUGCCUGGUGCCCUCAGCUUCAAAGGAAAAAAGAUCACCUUUGGGACUUCAAAUACCUUCUGGUGCAGCGUAGUUCUGUCUCAGGUGACUUUGAACUGCACACGACUCCAUGGUCAUCCUAUGAGUGCUUGUUUGGCGAUGACAAAAGGGCAAUUGAAUUCAAAGAAAAGUUUCAGAAAAGCAAAAUAUCCCUCAUGCAGAUGACAAAGCUGUCUGCACUUUUGGAGGAAAAACGCUCAGGAUUGAUUCAAGUGAAAGCCCGUAUCUUAGAACUCAAGUUUACCAUUUCAGCUGGUCAGUACAAGCAACUCAUCUUCCAUGCUGACACUUCACUGACAUGUGUUCUGGCUUCUCUGCCUAAGAUGAUAUAUUCAGGUUGUGCUAAAUGUGGUUUGGAACUACAGGCAGAUGAGAACAUGAUCUACAAGCAAUGUAUUAGAUGUUUGCCAUACAACAAAGUGAAAACAUUCUACAGACCUGCUUUGAUGACAAUAGAAGGUGAAGGAUAUGAAAUUUGUGUUCAGGUGGCAUCUGAGUUGAUGGAAAAAAUCUUCCUCAAUAUUCCUGCAGACUGGCUGAACAGAUUAGUAGUGCCCUCUUCGGAUAUAACGUACAGCACAAUAGUGGCAGAUCUGUGUCAUUUGCUGCUGGCAGAUACGAAAGCAUUCUAUUUGUUGGAAAUGAGGAGCCAUUUUGUGCUAGAUGAAAACAGCUACCCUUUGCAAAAGGACUUCCAUCUGUUAGAUUUUCAUCCCGAUCUUGGAAUUGUUGACAUCUGCAGUAACUGA